CAUAUCAAAUUAAAUAAAACAUUUAAUGCGCCUGCUCUAAACAAUUUCAUAGACGAUGAAAAAAACUAAACGUUCAAUCGAAAAGUGUCACUAAAAUCGAACGGUUGCGUUUUAAGUGAAGCGGCGGACUAAAACAGUGCAAAAAGAAAUGUUGAGUAAAAAUUAUUUGGAACGAUUGUUAAAAAACUUUGGAGUUUAAACUCCUAAAAUCACACUAAUUAGCACUGUUAGACAACGGCUCGAAGUUUGUACUUCACACUCAACUGCUGUGGCUUUGGUAAAUUCUUGAGCAUUACGAAGAAAGUUGGCUCCCAAAACAAGUAAUAAGAGUGCAGAAAGCUACUAAAAGCAGCAACAACAACAAAAUUGGAAGCAAUCAAUAGCGUGGCGUACAAAAAUGUGUGGCCAAUCUUUUAAGAAUACGUUACGUGAUAAUCGCUGCUAUGUAUCUUUAGCCUGUUCCAUCGGCUCGAUAAGUUUGGCAUGUGGUAGUCUGCUGCAAAUACCUAACACCACGGAUCGCAUCUCAUUGCAGCGUGGCUUCUUCUUAACCUCUCUGGGAUUCAUCUAUUUCGUAUCGCUUACAGAUUUCUGCAAUAAAUAUUUACUUGAGACUCGACAUGGCAGAGAAUUUCGGGAAAAAUAUCGUCUCAUGAUAUCGGAUGUUAUGGAAAUUACAAAUAAAAUUGUAUCGGCAAUACAAGCCUCAUUUUCAUUCCUUGUCGGCUUUGUUGUUUGUAAGUCGACUUGCAGCAAAUCAUUUGUCUACGCAUCGCAUUUUCUAAUGGAAGCUUAUGGCUGGUUUGGUACCGCAUACUUCAUGUACGACAUCUGGUCCAUGUAUAAGGUGCACAAGCAAAAAUUGACCGACAAACUCAAAAUGAUAAGUAUAGCUGCAAAUAGCUCAAAUGGCACCAAAAUCAUAAAUAACACCAAUGGUGGACUUUACGAUAAGCACACAUACCAUACUAAUGGAAGAUCUAACAAUGGACUCAUUAAAGGAAAUAAUGGUACAACUGUUACCAAAGCUCUACAUUCAUCACAACAUGAAAAUGAAAUCUAUGAUAAUGCCAAUGGAAUGGCAUACGUAAGUAGAGGUGAAAAAUGGGGCUUCUUAAAGUACGUAGUGACACAGCCAGUUAUGAUGAUUCAUCACAUUUUUAUUGGUACCUUUGGUUUAUUAGUAGUUACGUAUAUACGUGGCGGUGGACAUUGCAUCUAUAGUUAUAUGUUUAUGAUGGAGUUCUCAACACCAUUUGUUUCGUUUCGUGGCAUUUUGAGUACUAUGGGUUUGAAGGAAACUCGUAUUUAUAUUGUUAAUGGUUUAACAAUGUUGGGUACUUUUUUAAUAUUUCGCGUGCUUAUGUGGCCCUACGUUAUGUGGCGUUACAGUGAAGUAUUAAAUGUAUCGCUUUGGGAGGCUAUAUGUGGUUUGCCUCGUGGUUGCAUAAUAAGUAUUUUAAUACUAUUUCUACCACAAAUUUAUUGGUUUUUUUUGAUGGUUAAAGGCGCACUAAAGGUCUUCUUCCCUUCUAAAAUAAAAAAAUCAAACCUACAAAUUCUUCAAGAACAACAGCAAAAACAAUCAAAAAAUAACAAUCUUUCCCCCUUAAACGAUAAUUCUCUGGAAUUUUAUAAAAAUGGUAAACUUCCCACUGAUGUUGGUGUUAACCUAAACGAUACCAGCCUUCCAAAUGGUGACGUACCGAGAUUUGGAGUCAAAACAAUUACACCCCCGAAUGCAGAUGUUUUUAAAGUUAAUGGUUAAACACAGUUUUAACUGGAGUUGAAAAUCAAAUCUCAGUUUUUUUUAAGUUAAAAACUAAAAAAAAAGAAAAAACUAUAAAUGAAAUUUAAUCACAACUAAAUAAGCAAAUAAACCGAUUUAUGUUCUUAGCCAUUUUGUUAUAUAGUUUUAAAAACUUGUACAAUAUUUUUUAAUUGCAGAAACAACUAAAACAUUUUUGUUUUAAUUACUUCAUAUUUUUGUAUAUAAUAACAAUAGAUUUUAUAAAUUCUAAUAAAAAUUUUAUUUAUUUGAAAUAAUGGAAUGGUAAAUUUAAGUUCAUUAGAAAAAAAGACAAAGUGAAUGCCUUAUGUUAACUAAUAUAAUUUUAAUUGAAACUUAUAUAUUUAAAAUUUAUACAAUUAUAAUUAGUUUUAAAAUAAUUUUAUAUAUAUAUUUACA